AUGAGUCAUCCGCCGCCAGUUUCCUGUAUUCCAAACACUGCCAAAAUGUCGAAGGCUAAAAAAGUUAUUGAAGAAGCCAAAGAAAUUAAUAAUCCAGAAAUAGAUCUGGUUGAUAAAGGAAUUUCUAGCUUAGAUGAAAUACCAGGCUUAUUUAGCUUGGAAAAUAUUACAAGAUUAACUUUAAGUCAUAAUAAGCUCCAAGUUGUACCAGCUGGUCUUGCUAAUUUGAUGAACUUGGAGAUAUUGAAUCUCACCAACAAUCAUAUUGAAGAACUACCUGUCAGUUUGUCUUCUCUACCAAAACUGCGAAUUCUCAAUGUAUCCCUUAAUAGGUUAUAUGCAUUGCCUCGAGGGUUUGGAGCUUUUCCUGUAUUGGAAAUUUUGGAUUGUACUUAUAAUAAUCUGAAAGAGACUACAUUGCCUGGAAAUUUCUUUAUGAUGGAAAGCUUAAGAGCUCUUUAUUUGGGAGACAAUGACUUUGAAUAUCUUCCAGCUGAGAUUGGAAACUUGAAAAAUCUGCAGAUUUUAUCCAUGAGGGAGAAUGAUCUGAUCGAAGUACCUCGAGAGUUAGGCCAGUUGACAAGAUUGAGGGAGCUACAUUUACAAGGAAAUAGACUUGUUGUGUUGCCACCAGAAAUAGGGUUCUUGGAGCUCGCAAGUAACAAGUCAGUGCUACGGCUUGAAGGGAACUUUUGGGUUCCUCCCAUUGAAGAUCAGUUGAAACUGGGACCCUCUCAUGUGUUGGACUAUCUUCGUUCAGAGACGUACAGAGUUCUAUACAGCCGACACAUGUCUGCAAAGCCACCUCCGCCGCCUCAGACGCUUGACAAAAGCAAGAAAGCAAGUCGAAUGCGAUAA